AUGACUCAUAUUGGCCUGAACUGUUUUUCUCCAGAGAUGAAUGAAUCCCAUAAUUAUAAAUUUGAACUUGCAAAUCAUGAUACUUUUGUACUCUCGCAAAAGAAAAGACCUGCAUUAAUCACAAACACGUUUGGAGAAAACCACUCUCCAGUUUUCCUUGCCCGUUCCAUUGCUGUAGCUAUGGGAAUUCGUUUCAUUAUAAUGGUAACAAUAUGUAGCGCCAUAGUUAUAAAUUCAUUAUUCAACCAAACGACUCCAAUUUCUUUGAAUGAAAGUUACUGUGGCCCAUGUCCUAAAAACUGGAUAUGUUAUAGAAAUAACUGCUACCAAUUUUUUAAUGAGAGCAAAAGCUGGUCUCAGAGCCAAGCCUCUUGUAUUUCUCAAAAUUCCAGUCUCUUGAAGAUAUACAGCAGAGAGGACCAGGAUUUCUUUAAAUUGGUAAAGUCCUAUCAUUGGAUGGGACUAGUACAAAAUCCAACAAAUGGAUCUUGGCAUUGGGAAGAUGGUUCCAUUCUCUCACCCAACCAACUAACAUUGGUUGAAGUACAGAAUGGAACCUGUGCUGUUUAUGGCUCAAGUUUUAAAGGAUACACAGAACAUUGUUUAAAUCCAAACACAUACAUCUGCAUGCAGAGGAUUGUAUAAAAAGCUAUUGUUUAUAAAAUAUAAAGAAUUCAAAGACACAAAAGCC